CAGUAAUGUUGCUGAUUCGGAUAAAAUUUUCAAUUUUCAUCCAUGGCUUAUGGUAUUUGGUUUAGUCUAUCUAGGUGGUAAUACUUUAUUAUUCUUAACACCGAAACGUAAAUCAUUCGGUAUAAUACGUACAUUAUUAUUGUUUUGUAUGUCCAUUAUUGUAUUGAUUGCAUCGAUAAUAACGAUUUAUUGGCAUUUUAAAAAAGAUGUACCGAAUUUUUUUACACUACAUUCAUGGUUCGGUAUGAUGACAUUAACAUUGAUGAUCAUUUAUGUUAGUGCAAAUGGCUAUCUAUAUGGUUCACGUAGUGGUCAACGUAUUUUACAAUCAGAAAAUUCUGAUUCAAUUGAAUCAUUAACAAAUAUACGUUUGAUUGGCAUAUCUACAUUAUUAAUGAGUGUUGUAACAAGUUUGCUUGGUUUAAAUCAAUUGACUAGUUUCAUUACUAGUGAUAUACAAACCGGGCAAACAUCAUAUCAAUUACUUGUUAAUGUUAUUGGUAUAUUUUCCAUUGCAUUCACAUUAUUCAUUGUAUUUCUUGUAUCAAGAUUACGUAUUCGUAGUAAAUCACGUGAAGAAUGGGAAGAACGUGUACAAAUGGCUGUUGAUAAAGCAAUGGAAAAUAUGCAAGCAUCUGGAGCAUUUGAUUCACCACCACCACCACCAUCGACAAAAUCAACAAUUAAGUCAACAACAGUUUCAAGUGGAACAACAAAACAGCAACUAAAACGAUCAAAACGUAGUAGUGGUGGUGGCCGCAAAAAAAGAACAGGAAAAAGUAGUCGUUCAUCACGUGUAUCGACUACCAGUAGCGGUGUCAGUAUUGGUGGUGGUAGUACCAGCCAGUUAUCAUCAAAAUUAUCCAAACAAAAAUCUAAUGAUGAAAAAAAGGAUAAAAAUAGCCAAAAAUCAUCUACAACAUCGUCAACAACAUCGUCAUCAUUGUUAUCAAAAAAACAAAAAAGUAGUUCAAGUUUAGGUCAUCAUAGUACUACUAGUAGUAGCAGUAGUGGUGGUGGUAGCAAUAUCGUAAGUCGUCAAGAUGGUGUUGGUGGUGGUAAUUCAAGUAAAAACAAUUCAGAAAUUACAAUUCCAGGAAGUACAAAUAGUUCAAUCAAAAUUCCAAGUAUGACUAGUUCAAAAUCGGUUCUUUCAAAUGAUAUUAACAACAAAAGUAGUUCUGCUGAUGAUGAUGAUUCUGCUUUUCGAAUGAAAACAAAAAUCGUAACGAAAUGAAUUUUUCUCAA